AUGGCGACCGAUAACUUUGUGCAGCCGGCAAUUCCUCGAUUCGAUGGUCAUUACGAUCAUUGGAGCAUGCUGAUGGAGAAUUUUUUAAGAUCGAAGGAGUAUUGGCAAGUUGUCGAAAGCGGGAUCGUAGGACCGGCAACGACAGUUCCUUUGAUAGAUGCUGAGAAGACAGAACUAACUGCAUUGAAGAAUGACACUUCAAAGGACAUUUGGGACUCCAUGAAGAAGAAAUAUCAAGGAAAUUUGAGGGCGAAGCGAGCGCAACUUCAAGCUCUCUGUGGUGAAUUCGAGACUUUACCCAUGAAGUUUGGUGAGAGAGUUUCAGAUUACUUUUCAAGAACGAUGGCAAUCGCAGAGAAGAUGUGGAUUCAUGGAGACACACUUGAGGAUGUUGCAAUUGUUGAGAAGAUCUUUCGAUCCAUGCUGGCCAAAUACAAUUAUUUUGUAUGUUCCAUUGAAGAAUCGAAAGACCUUGAUUCCCUCUCUAUUGAUGAAUUGCAAGGUUCAUUGUUGAUCCAUGAGCGGAAGCUGAAUUUGCAAGACAAUGAGGAGCACGCUUUGAAGGCUUCAUCCAACAAUCAUUCUUUCAUUUCAAGAGGAGGGAGAUGA